UUUUUUUAUGUGUCAAUGAAAGUUAUAGAGUUUUUGCUAAACUCUAGAAAUCGAGGGCUAAGUUUGGACAGAAAUUUAGCCUCUAAAAAGGACUGUAGGAGAGGAAACUCCGGCAACUACAAAGAACUGCAAGUUCUUACAAGAAUACAUCACGUACCUUAGACUGUUACAAAUACUUCAUCAAUUAGUUAGUUAUCAAGAUGGUUGUUACCAUAUUAACUACAGCUCCUAAGGACACCUCUGAUUGGUGCGUCUCUCUCAAAAAAAUUGAGGAUAAGAAAGAAAAACCUUCUUCAAACAGAGAGAAACAUCAACCAAAAGUUUCUAAUCCUCAUGGAGCUUGGGGGCCUACUUUUAAAAAUAAGGAGCAUUUUGCUAGUCUACAUUAUUGUUAACAUUCAUUAUUAAUCUAUGCUUAUAUAUAUAUAAAGGCUUAUGAAAAAGUUAUCAAUUAUUUCUUCAACCUCUUCGUAAAUAACUGAAAGGCAUUUAUCCAAAUAUAUCUACUCAAAUAUGAAGUCAUUUAACGAGACCUCCAACCAGCUAUAUCUUCAUAACAAAAUGUAAUAUAAUAUUUUUCAAUGAAAAUUUAUUAAAGUUAGUUAAAAAUAAAUUUUAUAUGCUAGUA